CCCAGCUGGGCGGGGUGGAGGGGCUCGGGCCUAUAAAGCCCCCAAGGCCGCGUGGCUGGGAGUGGCAGUCAUGGACGGCACCAUGGAGGGCUCCGAGGCUGUGCAGAGGGCCACGGCGCUCAUCGAGCAGCGGCUGGCGCAGGAGGAGGAGAGCGAGAAACUGCGAGGAACCACCACGCGGAAGCUGCCCAUGGACUUGCUGGUGCUGGAGGACGAGAAGCACCAGGGUGCGCAGAGUGGGGCUGUACAAAAGGUUAAGGGCCAAGAGCGCGUGCGCAAGACCUCCCUGGACCUGCGGCGGGAGAUCAUCGACGUGGGCGGGAUCCAGAACCUCAUCGAGCUGCGGAAGAAGCGCAAGCAGAAGAAGCGGGAAGCCCUGGCCGCCUCGCAAGAGCCGCCCCCGGAGCCUGAGGAGAUCACCGGCCCUGUGGACGCGGAGACGUUCCUGAAGGCGGCUGUGGAGGGGAAGAUGAAGGUCAUCGAGAAGUUCUUGGCCGACGGGGGUUCGGUGGACACCUGCGAUCAGUUCCGCCGGACAGCACUGCACAGAGCAUCCCUGGAGGGCCACAUGGAGAUCCUAGAGAAGCUUCUGGAAAGUGGGGCCACUGUGGACUUCCAGGAUCGGCUGGACUGCACAGCCAUGCACUGGGCCUGCCGCGGGGGCCACCUGGAGGUGGUGAAGCUCCUGCAGAGCCGAGGAGCAGACAGCAACGUGAGGGACAAGUUGCUAAGCACACCCCUGCACGUGGCGGUCCGCACAGGGCAGGUGGAAAUCGUGGAACACUUCCUAUCCCUGGGUCCAGACAUCAACGCUAGAGACAGAGAAGGGGACAGUGCCCUGCACGAUGCAGUGAGGCUCAACCGCUACAAGAUCAUCAAGCUGCUGCUCCUGCACGGGGCUGACAUGAUGGCCAAGAACCUGGCAGGAAAGACCCCCGCGGACCUGGUGCAGCUGUGGCAGACUGACACCAGGCACGCCCUGCAGCACCCCGAGCCGGGACCCGAGCAGAACGGGCUGGAGGGGCCCGACGAGAGCGGCCGAGAGACUCCCCAGCCUGCCCUGGCCCAGCCCGAGGGUUCUGAGGCAGCCCCCAGCGCUGUCUGAGGACCCAGCGCAAGCGAAGUGCACCCACA